AUGCUAAAGUACUCGAGCCCCCCGCUCGACUCGCAUCCGACCCGACCCCUGCCGCCGUUCUCCCCGUGCCUUGUUUUCUCUCCCCCACGUCCGAGCGGUUUUUCCGCCCGCCCCCUCUCCACCAGCUCGUCCGAGCGGUUCUUUCCCCCGCCCCCUCCAACAGCUCGCAGAUGCGGCGGCGCGGCCCCGCGAUUCCCCUGCGCCGCCGGCCCCCGUGUUUCCCUCCGCCCUGCGUCGCCGGCCGCGCGAUUUCUAGGCGCCCGUGUCGUCCGGCGAGCUUGCAGCGACUGCUCCCGCCGGCCCGCGCGAGCCCCUGCCCGGCGAGCUGCAGCGUCUGCUCCCGACGCCGUUCGUCCCGUUGCUGAUCCGGGGACUGGCACCGCCCACCGCCCACUGCCCGCUGCUGGCCAGCCCCUGCGUGUUCCCGCAUUCAAGGCGACGAUCUCCCGUUCCCAACGCCGGUCCGAUCCAUCCUCACGUCUCCGGCGAUCCUCCUCCGGCCUGGCUUUCUAUCAGCUCAGAUCCUUUCGUCUUCUUGUUAGAUCAGACUGUGGAGCAGCUCAACGGAGCGAUCCAGGUUUUUGGAUGAAUGCUGCUGAUUCCCUGCAAGGCACAAGGAUUAUAUUGGUUCUCAACCGAGCCGGGGAGCAUCUUCUAAUGUGCCUCCUGUCCAGGCAGAAUCAGGAUGCCACUGCAGGUUCCAUGACCAUGGAGAUGAGGCUGCAGAACAGCGGGUGUACAAUGGGGCGUACACGGACGAGCUCUGCAAAAAAAGAAGGGAUACGGAUGACCGGAUCAAUCCUGCUGCGACAACCAUUUAGACCCUGCUGGAGGCGACAGCUAGACGGCAAACAAUGUCUCGUGAAUCCAACCUCUGCUGGUGCUAACCUGACCUCUGCCUGUGGAACACCCUCUAUACAGGUCUUGAGCUCCAGCACCAUCUUCUUGCGAAACUUCCAUGACCAUAGGGUCUUUGGAAGGCCUUGGUCAUAUCAAGAUGGAAACACCUCCCCAUUCACUGAGGCCAAUCAAUAGGUGUCACCCAGCUUGGGAUUAUGUCGCUUCCGCUCCUCCCGUCGCCGGUGCUCCUCCGGCGCUCCGCGAUGUCGCUCUGUCCUCCCGUCGCCCCUAGGAGAGUACUGCCAAUGGCGCCGGAUCCUGCAACCAAAUCCUCCUUCGGCGUGCCAUCUGCUCAGGAGCUUCCUCAACACGCCCUCCGUCUAUGUUUGCUCCCAUGCGCCCCUAGAUUUGCUCUUAUGCAAUGUGUAUAGGCUGUCUUUAACCUGCAUAUACUAAUAAUUCUUAGCUCUUAUGCAGAUUGCAAUAUGCAUGCUGGAUACCUGCACAUGAGAUGGUUGAUUGGCUAGAUAGUUUCUGAUUUCCUUUUUGUUUAUUGUUCUACCAUAUUGUAAAAACAGGGUCAAUAAAAUAGCAGAAUGCAUUGAGUUUUUAUGAACUCUUGUGCUCGGUUUAAAUAUGGUGAAUGUAAAUGCAAAGUGUUCUCAGUUUUGUGAUAAGAGAACUUACUGCUACUUUGCAUAGAA